GUCGAAUCUGUCCCGCGGAACCCCCCUCCCUCGAGGUAUACGUUCCUUGAUUCUAACCUUCGCGACAUCAUGGCGUCCGAUUGCAGUGCAUAAUUUCGCAGCGCGAGCGACGGCGGUUACUCGUCGGGUUCAAGUCGCGGCGGCUCUCGUCGUGCUCUGGCGUCUCGCGUCUCGGCGCGAUCAACGAGGGGACGCGGGAAAGUGCGCGUUUUCCCGAUCGGCCGCGUGUCUGACGAUCUCGCGAAAAGACCCGCGAGGGAUAACCUGAUUAACCCGCGCGAUCGAUCCGCCGCCAACUUCGCGCCUCCGGUCGCGCGUUCUUUCCCUCCUUUUUACGUUCCGACAGCGCCGCCGGUUGGCGUAUCGACGUCCGCGACGAUCUCGGCGGGCUCUCGGCUGAAACGGGGACCGACUCCCGGCAGUCCCGGCAUCGUUUCGUCGUCGCGGGACGCGAUCGGGCUGGUGAACGCCCUCCCUUCCUUCCUCCCACCCUCCCUUCCCCCCGCGCAUGUGUGUGUAUGUGCGCGCGCGAUCCGAACGUCGGUUCUUCGUGUGCGCUCCCGCAGCCGUGGAAUGCGCCGCAGUGGCGGUCAAGAGGCAACGUCGUGAGGACCGGGAAUCGUUCGCGCUGCGGCUGGCCAGAGUCGAUACUAUGCGUCUCCACGGAUCGAGGCACAUAAGUGCUUCGGGAAUUGGCGCGCGUACCAGCACGUGAAGUUCCAAGGGCGGUUGGAGUACGCAACAGGAGCCGCAGCGGCAGCUGCUGGCGGCGGACUCGGUCGCGCAGCAGCAACGUCAACAGCAACAGCAGAAUCAGAUCGUCGCGUCGUAUCAGGCAGCGCCGUCGUCGUCGUCGGGAGGUGAUCUGCAGCAGCAGUGCCGCAAAAUGACUGACCAGCGUGACCAGCAGCAGCAGCAGCAGCAGCAGCAGCAGCCGCCGCCGUCAUCUCAGUUCCAGCAGCCGCCGUCGCAGCCGCAGCAGAUCAAGGGCAACGAGGAGCCGCGAACGAAUCUGAUUAUCAAUUACCUACCGCAAAACAUGAACGAGAAGGAGCUCUACAGCCUGUUCGUCACGAUCGGCCCGGUCGAAUCUUGUCGGGUCAUGAAGGACUACAAGACUGGCUACAGCUACGGCUUCGGUUUUGUCAACUACGCGAAAGCCGAGGACGCGGCGACGGCGAUAAGCACGCUGAAUGGGCUUCAGGUGCAAAAUAAACGUCUCAAGGUCUCGUUCGCUCGGCCUUCUGGUGAAGAAAUUAAGGAGACGAAUCUUUACGUUACGAAUUUACCACGAAAUAUAACGGAGAGCCAGAUAGACGAACUUUUCAGUAAAUACGGCAACAUUGUGCAGAAGAACAUACUGAGGGAUAAACUGACCGGUUUGCCGAGAGGAGUAGCGUUUGUUAGAUUCGAUAAGAGGGAAGAAGCUCAGGAGGCUAUCGCGCAACUUAACGGUACAAUACCGGAGGGUGGAUCAGAGCCGCUUAGCGUAAAAAUCGCGGAGGAACACGGAAAACAAAAGGCGGCGUAUUACGCAGGCUGGCAGGCGGGAUACAACCAAAGCCGUGGAGGGAGUGGACUCGGGAUCGGCAGCGGCGGACGGGCUCGGAGCAUCGGGGGUCCACCUGGAAUGGGCAUGGGUAUCGGCGGUAGCGGUGGUCCGGGGAUGUUGAACCGAGCGGGUGGUUUCGGACCGCGCGGCGGUGGACCUCACAGCGGCAGCUUCCUAGGGGGCGGCGGCGGUGGUGGUGGCGGAGGCGGCGGCGGCGGCGGUGGCGGUCCGGGUGCCAUGCGGAUGGAGAAGAUACACCCGCAUCGGUUUAAUCCAAUCGGCAUGGGAGGCGGCGGUGGCGGUUACGUGCAAUCGCACUUCUGGUGACCAUAGCGCUGCGACGACGACAAUGACAGUGACGAUAAUGAUAACAGUGACAGCGAAGAUGCGCGUACAUUCACCACGACGUUAGUCGCUGGCUGAAGUCCUAUUCAUUUCAGAAUCUCCCCACCUGUCCAACUUUAAGCGGUUCUCGCAAAAUGUGUGUCCCCAUUGAUCUGUGUACUCCGGCACACCUCGUGCAAACGAAUGUACCUAAUAUCCACCCUUGCAUGUAGAUUACGCAGUAACGCCGGCCGUUUACCGCGCGAUCGCGGGGCCAAGAGUCCAGGAUGGGGUUCAAAUACGAAAAACACUUAACACUUGACGCCGAUUCGACAUCGAUUGACAAUAAUUUCUCACUGAGAACCUUAUUGUAUGAUCUUACGAUAUUAGGUAUAUUCGUUUGCACGAUGUGUGCCGGAGUACACAUCGUGCAAACGAAUAUACAGAUCAAUGGGGACACACAUUUUACGAGAACUGUUUAAAGUUAGACAGUUGGGGAGAUUCUCAAGUAAAUAGGAUACGUGAAGUAGGUAAUGCGAGAUUGCACUACGAGGGACGUGUACCUUUUUACUACCGCAGACCGAGCCCAGAUGCCCCGCGAAUUUUAGUUGAAACAGUGGACAAGGGCACAAAAUAUGAUAGGAGGAAUUUUGUCAUCCCGCAAGACAAAAUCACCAUGUGUCAGGAUUCAUGGGUGGAUUUUUAAUAAAACUUGGAAAGGAAGAUUCAUGUUAUCAGUCCUCUUCUCGUGUCAUUCGAAAUAAAAAGGCGGUCUACAUUAUUCGCGUUUACACCUCGCGAACUUUCAGCGAGGCAGGACUCGGGGUCUCGCCUCGAAUGCUAGGCUUCGUGGUUUAGCUCGCCGUUUUUUCCCUCCCCUCGAUCGACAAUUUUUGACACACAUUUUGCGAGAACUAUUUAAAGUUAAACAGGUGGGGAUAUUCUCAAGUGAAUAGGAUACGCGAAGUAGAUAAUGUCGUGACGAGAUUGCACUACGAAGGAUGUGUAUGUACCCCGUACCGCGGACCGAGCUCAGAUGCUUCGCGAAUUUUAGUUGGAACAGUGGACAAGGGCAAAAGAUGAGAGGGGAAGGAUUUUGUCAUCCUGAAAGACAAAAUCCCUCCCUUCCGCAAUGUAUCAGGAUUCAUGGGUGGAUUUUUAAUGAAGCUCGGGAAGGAAGAUUCACGUUAUUAGUUCUCUUCUCGUGUCGUUCGAAAUAAAAAGCUCGUGAGUUUGCUCGCUUGUAGAGUAGCCGAGAGAGCUGGGAGGUAGGUCGGAUACACCCGGGUUAGACCGGCUUCCUAUUUACAGGGUGACAUACGAGAGGGUGUAGCUCGAUGUUAAUAUCAAUGUCGAGAAGAAUUUUAUUGAUGUCGAGAAGAGUAAUGGUGUUGUUACACGCUCUGCAAAAGACUGUUUUUAUCGUUUGUUAAUGGAGAGCGUUGUUUACCGUUUAAAGAUUAUGCUAAGCAUAUUUUACAAUUGAUAUUUUUAUCGACAUUGAUGUUAAGAUCGAGCUUGUGGACCUUUUCCCGUGGAUUAUCUCGCAUUUUCGCGAUAGCUACAUGGCAAAACUGGGUAGUUGUAAUUCUAUUGAACUCGGGAUGCCAUGCAUCCUUAAUCAGUUUUAUCAAUUGCACACGUUGGAUAUGUUCGGAAAUAAUCUCGAUCAGGGAAUCAAGUAUCUAUUUAAAACAAUAAUGACUUGAAAAUCUUUAUUGUUUCAAAUAUUAACCGAAUGCCCGUAAAUAACGGAGAAAAGAAUGAACUUCGAUCGGAAUUAUUUUCGAAAUAAAUCGUUGCUAUCCGCGAUUCCAAUUGUCCAUCCGGUUUUAUUUUAAUUCCAUUUACCUCGUGCGCGACCGUGAAGCUUAUAAGGAAUUUACAUUGUUACCUAAUACUAGAGAUAAUUAGCAGUCUCGUUUCUCCAACCUUACUUCGAUACGUUGGUAUUGAUAAUUUUAAACGCAAAUUACGUACACACCCUGACUUAUUCACGAACUAUGAUUAAACGUGAGAUACCAAAUUAAUAUUUUACAAUAUUAAAUUCAACUUGUAAUCAACACUUGAUUGGUCAAACGUUGCUCUAGCAGUUUCACGGUCGCUCGAACAUUGGUUCCAGUUCAUCAGUGUUCGGCUUAUAUCACUAGACAAUAUGGUACAAGGUGUGUUAACAAUUUCCCUACCGGUGAACUCACGACCAUGAAGGGUUGAGGGAUUCAGAUAGACCGCGUUGUGCAAAAGGCUAACAAUUCUAUGUGUUGCAAAUUUCAUUUUCAUUUAAGUUCUAAUUCUUGAGACUACGUGACAUUUAAUCAUAAGACAGAGUUUUAUCGUAGGUCGCAUUUGGGAGGGCGGAGUCGACGGACACGGGGCAACAGUUUCCCGUUUAACGCGGCACUGGAUAUCAGUGGUAUCCUGCGGCGAAUAAAAAUCUGUAUAUUUGUGAGAUACGAUUUCUUUUUUUUUCUUUCCUUUUUCUAAUCAGAUAGAACGCCUGUGGCAAAAGAUUCUUUCGGAAAAAUCCAAUAUCCGCAAACGAAUCAUAGAUAAUCUUACAUGUUAAGGAGCUAGGCAUACAAACGAGUCGCCAAAAUUAACACUAAAAAGUAUUACUUUAGUAAGGAAUGCUGAUUAUAUUAAAUUAUUAUAAAUUAUUAUAAUUUUAAACGAUAUAUAAUAUUUAUAUUUUCCGUGUGAUUUUUCAUUCGUGUUGAAAACAAUAUUUUCUUAAUUCUCGGAUUCGUCUUUCGUUCGUGGCCGCUUCUAUUUAGGUAUUGGAUCUUCCGAAAAGGCAUGUUUAUUACGAUCUGCGAUCGAAUUCCAAAAUCGUUUUAGUUCGUUACGACGCCGAGAACACGUGAUCCGAACGUGUGCCGUAGUUAAUUUAGAUUAAGAGAAUUUUAAACAUGUGCCGCGCGGAAGAACAGGGUGAAUGUAAUUUAUUUUAAUAUUUGAGAGCAGUAUUAGGACGAAAUCGCGUAUUCUUUCGCAGUCCUGUGGACGCACCUUCGGCACACGUCGCACGUUAUAUUGAAUUUUAUCCGACGCUUUGAUAGCGUUUUUACGAGGUUCGUAAAUGUGUUGCUGGAGAGAGUGAAAGAGAGAGAGAGAGAGAGAGAGAGAGAGAGUGUGUGUGUGUGUGUGCAUGUGUGUGAGUGAGAAAGACGCGUAAUACAUGAAAAAAGAUAUUUAUGUAAAGCCGUAAACUACUUGGAAUAAAUACGAUUAGCAACUAUAUAUUUAGCUUUUGUUGAUUGAUCGUUAAGCAAGUGUCUCAAGUUUCUAUUAAUUAAUAUAAUUUUUAUUAAUAUUUUUUAUACGCAAAGAGUCGAUAUCAAAAUUUUAUAUGUUGCGUGUACUUAAGGUCUUGUUGAUUAGCGUAGAAGCUUAGCGUCGGUGAAUCUCGAGAAGCGCUCGAUUUUAAACAAAUUGAUCACCAUCGUUAUCCUCGCCGUCAGUGGUGUACAUAAACCUCAUAGGGAGACUAAGACACUGUCGCGACCUUCUAGACGAUGAGACUGACUUUUUAUAGGGGACAGAUUUUAAGCGUGUACGUCGGAGUCGUGCGUCGAUAUUUUUAGAUAAAACAGAAAAAAAGGGAGGAGAAAUAACGGAGCUGUACUUGUCUCCGAACCUGUGCGACAGGUUCCAAGGACAGCGCACCGAUUGUCUAUAAAGAAAUCUGUGAUUUGUACAAAGAGGAGUAAAUGAGAAAUAGAGUCGGUCAUCUUAGAGAGGUGGGAAGGAAUAGGACCGUUAUUUUACGUCCAAGUGCAACGGAGAUAAAAUCUGAAGCAAUAAAGAAAUAAAAGUAGAACCGAUUUCUCUAUUCAUGGAACACUAAGUUAACGUUACGCUAUAGAAUAAUGCGCAGAUCUUAACUGACAACCAUCUCAUAAGCAAAUCGUUCAUUAAUUAAAUCACACCGUUGCUUUUAUAUUAGAUACGAUUUAGUAAUGUUUUUAAAGUUACCUGAACAUAAUUAUUAUUAUAAUAAUUACAUCUUUCUUAUUAUUAUAAUUAUAAUAUUAUUUUAACAUCGUCACUAAAAAUAGGCAAUGUAUAACUAUAGAAAUCGAUCUGCAGGCUAAGUAGUAUAAUUUAUUUAUCACGUUAAUAUAAUUAUCAUUCUGCAAUGUAUGUAUAAAUCGUCGAGGUUUGUGUAAUUGCUGAGAGUAACCACUACGUUAACAAGAAACUAAAUGGCGAAAUACGGCGAUGUGCUUGAUUUACAAUUGAAAAAGUUUCGUAACAAGUACAGCCGAAUCGUGUAAGUGACACGAUACCGACAUUCGUUGCGUAUUUCAAGCAACAUACACAUUUCCACAAAUGUAUAAGUUCGUACAUAAGAAAAGAUCGUAAUAAAUAUCGAAAUAACAUUGACGAGGAACAAUUAUUAACACAUUUACAUGAAUUGUGAUGUCGCACCAAUGGAUGUGUACCAGAAACAACAAAAAACUUUAAUAAACUACUGUCCGCUGCGAA